ACAACCCAUUGUUGAUUUGAUGAUGUGUGUAUAAUCACAUUCAUUCAUUGUAGUCAUUGAGCCAAUAAAUUUGCAAUUUAAUAAAUUAAAAAAAAGUGCUUGUUGAUUAGUUAUUGUUCAAUAUGUCUGCUGCAUAUGUUCCCAGUAAACGUGCGACGUUUUUGUAUUUUGCGUACGGCAGUAAUUUAUGGACAAAACGAAUUCAUUUGCAAAAUUCAUCUGCUGUUCGCAAGGGUAUCGCACAAUUAAAGGGUUAUCGUUUGGACUUUUGGAAACCGCGUGAUGAACCAUCACGUUGGAAUGGAUCGUCGGCAACAGUUAUUGAGGAUGAAAAUCAUACAACUUGGGGCGCUGUUUAUGAAAUUGAUUUGACCCAUUUGCCAUCGCUAGACGCGCAGGAAGGAGUUCACAUUGAUUUGUACGUGCCACUUAUAAAGGAAGUAAUAACACCCGAUGGCGAAAUUCUUGAAUGUCGUUUGUAUCAAAUGACAAAUACACCAAGAAAUGCAAUCGAUUUGAGUGCGCCAGAAAUUCCGUAUGAACGAAAACCAUCGAAAACCUAUUUAAAUGUGAUUUGGCGUGGAGCCGAAGAAUCCAAAUUGCCGGAAAAAUAUAUCGGUUUCUUGAAAUCAAUUGUUCACAACGAUGAAGACGCACAUCCAGAACUGCUUCAGAAACUUGAACUAUAAUGAGUUAAUGUUGCCAUGAAGAAUAAAAAAUCAAUAAAACAACUUCCAACAUAUUGUACAUUUUGUGUAAAUCACGACUUUUUUUAAAAAAAUAAAAUCUAUUUUCCAUAAAA